UGUAUCUCUCUCUCUCACUGCUUCCUGCAGACAUUAUAUAAUCUGCUUUCAUCAUGGGAGAAAUAGAGCAGAGGCCGACUCCAGGAUCUCGACUGGGGGCCCCAGAGAAUUCGGGGAUCAGUACCUUGGAACAUGGACAGAAGCCGCCCCCAACACCUUCAGGAAAACUCAUGUCCAUCAAAAUCCAAAUGCUGGAUGACACCCAGGAGGCAUUUGAAGUUCCACAAAGAGCCCCGGGGAAAGUGUUGCUGGAUGCAGUUUGCAACCACCUCAACCUCGUGGAAGGCGACUAUUUUGGCCUCGAGUUUCCUGACCACAAAAAGAUCACGGUGUGGCUGGAUCUCUUAAAACCGAUUGUCAAGCAGAUUAGAAGGCCAAAGCAUGUUGUUGUUAGGUUUGUGGUGAAAUUCUUUCCACCUGACCACACACAACUCCAAGAAGAACUCACAAGGUACCUGUUUGCUCUGCAGGUGAAGCAGGACCUGGCCCAGGGUAGGCUGACGUGUAAUGACACCAGCGCUGCCCUGUUGAUCUCACACAUUGUACAAUCCGAGAUUGGGGAUUUUGAUGAAGCAUCGGACAGAGAACACUUAGCAAAAAAUAAGUACAUACCUCAGCAAGAUGCACUAGAAGAUAAAAUUGUGGAAUUUCACCAUAACCACAUUGGACAAACACCAGCAGAAUCGGAUUUCCAGCUCCUGGAGAUCGCCCGUAGGCUGGAGAUGUAUGGGAUCCGGUUGCACCCGGCUAAGGACAGGGAAGGUACUAAGAUCAACCUGGCUGUUGCGAACACAGGAAUUCUAGUGUUUCAGGGCUUCACGAAGAUCAAUGCCUUCAACUGGGCAAAGGUGCGGAAGCUGAGCUUCAAGAGGAAGCGCUUUCUCAUCAAGCUCCGCCCAGAUGCAAAUAGCUCCUACCAGGACACCUUGGAAUUCCUAAUGGCCAGCCGGGAUUUUUGCAAGUCCUUCUGGAAAAUCUGUGUUGAACAUCAUGCCUUCUUUAGACUUUUCGAAGAGCCCAAACCAAAGCCAAAGCCUGUUCUCUUUAGUCGAGGGUCAUCAUUUCGGUUCAGCGGUCGGACUCAGAAGCAGGUUCUCGACUACGUGAAAGAAGGAGGACAUAAGAAGGUGCAGUUUGAAAGGAAACACAGCAAGAUUCACUCCAUCCGAAGCCUUGCUAUGCAGCCUACAGAGCCGAAUUCAGAAGUGCCAAAACAAGCUCAGCAGAGUGCCAGCCUUGCUCCUGGCGAAGGUGCCGAGUCCCCAGGUGGCCAGAGCUGCCAGCAAGGAAAGGAACUGAAGGUUUCCACCGAAGAGUGUGGGCCGCGCCAAAGCCCCGCUCUGCAGAAGAGCCCAGUGGGUAACAAGAAGGCCGAUGGAGCCGUGAAGGCCACGACGGAGGAAGAGGAGGAGGUCGUUAAGGAUAGGACCCAGCAGAGUAAACCUCAGCCCCCGCAGCCAAGCACAGGCUCCCUGACUGGUAGCCCUCACCUUUCAGAGCUGUCCAUCAACUCGCAGGGAGGAGCUGUGCCCGCCAACGUGAUCCUGUCCCCCAACCUGAGCCCCGACACCAAGCAGGCCUCUCCCUUGGUCAGCCCGCUGCUGAACGACCAGCCGUGCCCACGGACGGACGACGAGGAGGAGGGCCGGAGGAAGAGAUUCCCAACUGACAAAGCCUACUUCAUAGCUAAGGAAGUGUCCACCACUGAGAGAACGUAUCUGAAGGAUCUUGAAGUCAUCACUUCGUGGUUUCAGAGCACAGUGAGCAAGGAGGACACCAUGCCCGAAACAUUGAAAAGUCUCAUAUUCCCGAACUUUGAACCUUUGCACAAAUUUCAUACAAAUUUUCUCAAGGAGAUUGAGCAACGACUAGCCCUGUGGGAAGGCCGCUCAAAUGCCCACAUCAGAGGAGACUACCACAGAAUCGGAGAUGUCAUGCUGAAGAACGUUCAGGCCAUGAAGCACCUGGCUGCCCACCUGUGGAAGCACAGCGAGGCGCUGGAGGCGCUGGAGACCAGCAUCCGGAGUUCGCGGCGGCUGGAGAACUUGUGCAGAGACUUCGAGCUGCAGAAGGUGUGCUACCUGCCGCUCAACACCUUCCUCCUGCGCCCACUGCACCGGCUCAUGCACUACAAGCAGGUCCUGGAGCGGCUGUGCAAGCACAACCCGCCCAGCAACGCCGACUUCAGGGACUGCCGAGCGGCUCUGGCAGAGAUCACGGAAAUGGUGGCCCAGCUCCACGGUACUAUGAUCAAGAUGGAGAACUUCCAGAAGCUGCACGAGCUCAAGAAAGACUUGAUUGGCAUUGACAAUCUUGUGAUUCCAGGAAGGGAAUUCAUUCGCCUGGGAAGCCUCAGCAAGCUCUCUGGGAAGGGGCUCCAGCAGCGCAUGUUUUUCUUGUUCAAUGACGUCUUGCUGUACACGAGCCGAGGCCUGACGAUCUCAAAUCAGUUUAAAGUCCAUGGGCAGCUCCCACUCUAUGGCAUGACUAUAGAGAAGAGCGAAGAUGAGUGGGGCGUGCCCCACUGCCUUACCCUGCGGGGCCAGCGGCAGUCCAUCAUCGUGGCCGCCAGUUCCCGGUCCGAGAUGGAAAAGUGGAUUGAGGACAUACAGAUGGCCAUUGAUUUGGCAGAGAAAAGCAGCGGCCCCACUCCUGAAUUCCUCGCCAGCAGCCCCCCUGACAACAAGUCCCCAGAUGAGGCUGCAGUCGCUGACCAGGAGUCAGAGGAUGACCUCAGCGCCUCACGCACCUCACUGGAGCGCCAGGCCCCCCACCGCGGCAACACCAUGGUGCAUGUGUGCUGGCACCGCAACACCAGUGUCUCCAUGGUGGACUUCAGCGUGGCCGUGGAGAAUCAGUUAUCUGGGAACCUGCUGAGGAAAUUCAAAAACAGCAACGGGUGGCAGAAGCUGUGGGUGGUGUUCACAAACUUCUGCCUGUUCUUCUACAAGUCACACCAGGACAAUCACCCCCUUGCCAGCCUGCCCCUGCUUGGAUAUUCGCUUACCAUUCCGUCGGAGUCUGAGGACAUCCACAAAGAUUACGUGUUCAAGCUGCAUUUCAAGUCCCAUGUGUACUACUUCCGGGCCGAAAACGAAUACACAUUUGAAAGGUGGAUGGAGGUGAUACGCAGUGCCACCAGCUCAGCCUCCCGUGCCCACAGUCUGAGUCACAAGGAAUCUCACGUGUAUUGACAGGAGGACACACCGAUUGUUUCAGCUGUGGCUGCUUUCUUGGCAGACACUGUGUAUUAAUGAAGUCUAGUAAAAUUAACACCUGUCUGGAAAACACAAACAUGGUUUUACAGCCACUCUCACCUGUCUCCACAGAACCAUUCCUAACCUUGUCUCUCCCACUGUUAAUUUCCCAUCUGAACGGAAGCGCUCCCACCCCCAAUGCUGGUGGCAUUUUCUCUGCCAUUCUCCUGAUGGGCUGUUUUUAGCUUGUGCCAGUAUUAAAACAUUGUCAUCAAUAUAGUGCCAAAUGACAAUUUUUCCUCCACAACUGCACCUUAAAGCAGUACAGACAGAUCCGUUCAACCAAAAGACAGGGCAAGUGCUCGUCUUUUUUAUAGGCUGCUGCAUUUUAAAAAAUGGAUUUUCCAGUGUUUGCAAUACCCAUGGCACAGUCUUAGGCAAAUGAGAUCAUUUUCAGAUUUCAUUUUUUUUUCAAUCUUUCUACUUUUAUAAUAAUAGGAAGUUAGUCAGAUUUACUCCUUUGAUCAAUAAUUGAUUUGCAGCACACGACGUGCCACUCUGGGGUCUCAUGCUCCAAUGAAACGCUGGUUCCCAGACCUACUUCCUGGCGCAAGUUGACCAAAUUGUUUAUUUACAAACCGUAGCAGGUUGUUUUCUGCUGAGAGAAGCAGAAGUCCAGUGCGAUGUCUAGACUAUCACUGUACUGUGAGUGGUAUAUACAACGGGAAGAUGUUAAGCUGUGGUGUUUUGCUGUCUGUCUCACAAGCAUGAAAACCUGUAUGUCAGUCACCAGGGCCAUUUGUGAUGUUAUGUUCUGGAGAGUCUGUGAGCUUCUGUGGAUGCAGAAGCACCAUGAGGAAUGGUGCGUAGUACCCUGGCCUCCAUCGUCAUGCCUAUCUAUACCCUACUGCAACUGUGGUUUGGAACUGCGCAUUCGAUAGUAGUAUAUAUUGUGCCUGUCUUCAAAAACAUUCUUUUUCCUUUUUUAUACUCAUUCCCCCAGGUACGGGGUAUCAACAGUAUGACAUUGCACAUCCUUGACAGUCGGACUACACAGGGAACAUACUGGGCCCACUGGUCAAUGCCUGUUUGCCUCGUCUCCGUGGAGAGCGGGUGGCUGCUAUCCCCCAGGGUUCUUAAGCCCUUUCUGAUGCAGUCCAGAGGGGGCGGCCGAUUGACACAGUCCUCCCAGUGUCCUGCGCCACCACUGGGAAAGCCCCUUGCCUAAGGCACACAGGACCACCCCAAUUUGGUGGGGCUGUGACUGAUUGCGUGGAAACAGCAAUGUACAAAUGGACGAGUAGCUUGAGAUGUGUUAAUCAUUUGCCUUACAAUGUGUACCAGAUGGUUUUAAGUACUAACAAAAGGGAAUAAAAAUACCUCACGCCACAAUCCAGCAUAUUGAAGUUUUAAGGCAAAACAACC